UGAGGGGCGGCAGGCGCGGCUCGCUCGGGGCCGGGGCAGGAAUGUCCCGCUGCCCUCGCCAUUGGCUGCGGGCUGCCGGAGUCAGCUUUCACGGGGGCCGAUCAAAAAGUUCCCCUCGGCUCUGCGAAGUCGCUGUCUGAGCAGAGGCAUUGGCUGAGGGAGGCCGGGCGCUCUCGCAUUCCUCGGGAGAUCGCCUGCAGUGGGAUGAGAGCGCUGCUGGCUGCCGGCAGAGCCGGGCGAGGACGGGCGCCGCGGAGCCGCGCUCCUGCUUUCCUGCAGCCCGGGCCGAGCAGCCAUCCCUUCUGGCAUGCUCCUCAUCCCUGAGCACACGAUGUCUCAGUACUCCACCAACUUCCUGCUGCUGCCCAUCCCGGAGUACCCCGCGCUGGACUGCGCGCCCAACAAAAUCAUCAAGCUGGUGGUGCUGGGCGGCAGCGGCGUGGGCAAGACAGCCCUGGUCGUGCGCUUCCUCACUAAGAGAUUUAUUGGGGACUACGAAGCCAACACUGGUGCUUUGUAUUCCAGGAAGUUCACCAUAGAUGGGGAGCAGAUCUCUCUGCAGGUGCAGGACACUCCCUUUGUCUCAUUGGAG